CAGGGAAAAUAACAAUAAAACAGUAAAAAAAAUUGCAAAUUAAAAUGCGUUAAGUAGAUCAGACAACGACGCCAGAACAAAGAGAGAGUGAGAGUGAGAGAGCGAGCAAUAGAAAUAACAACAACAAUACAACACUCACAAUGCUGCGGGCCAUCAAACGCGACAAGGAGAUUUUCGAUGAGGUUUGGCCGGAUAAGAGGAAAAUUGUCCUGAAAUUGCUGCGCCAGGACACAGUUUCGCAGCGUGAGUGGCAAGAUCUGUUCUUUGGCGUACAUUUCGUUUGCCUCUGGGACGAAAAGGGGGCGGCAAAAAUCUAUGAUUGCCUGCAACAGGAUAUUGUAGAAUUCAUUGUUCAGGCCCAGAGCCAGGUGCAGGCGCAAAGAGGAGAGCAGGCACUUCUGGCCACCUACAUAGUGGAAUGGCGAAAGUUCUUUACACAGUCAAAUUAUCUGCCGCUACCUUUCCGCCAAUUGGAGCAAUCGCCGCAGGUUAAACCCUCAUCUUCCUCAGCCACAUCUUCGUCGAACAACAACAGUUCGUCCACCUCCGCUGCAGCUGCCGCCGCCGCAUCCUCCUCGUCAUCCUCUUCAUCUGUGAAUAAUCAGCAAGCGGCAGCAUCUUCAAGUAGUUCCUCGGCCAAAGCCUCAACAUCAGCAGCUGCCGCUGCGGCUGCCGCAAGUAGCAAUACUGCCUCUGCGUCAGCUUCUGGAUCGAAAAAGAGCCCCACCGAGGAUAGCCCGGUGCGAAAACUUAUGCUCGAUUCAUGGAACAAGCAUAUUUUCCACGACAUCAAGGAUCGCCUGCAGGAAUCGGCCAUGAAGAUCGUUCAUGCUGAGCGCAAUGGCGACGCCUAUGAUGCCCAACUAGUUGUGGGGGUUCGCGAAAGUUAUGUGAAUCUCUCAUCGAAUGCGGAAGACAAACUGGAGAUAUACCGGGAGCACUUCGAGAUGGCUUACCUAAAGGCUACCGCCGAUUUUUAUCGUCUCAAGUCCACGGAGCAACAGCAGGAGAACGGAGUUCUCGCCUACAUGAAGUAUGCCGAUGCCAAACUGCGCGAAGAGGAGGUCCGAGCUAAGCGCUAUCUAGAACCGAGCAGUUUCAGCAUACUUACCUAUACCUUGGUUAAGGUACUGAUUGUGGAUCAUCUUAACUCCAUCAUUGCCGAGUGCCCGGCCCUAAUACGAGACUAUGAGACGGAGCGUCUCAAUCUAAUGUUUCGGUUGAUGGAUCGAGUUUUACAUGGAGUCGGCGUGGAGGCGAUGAUGGGUGAUCUGCAGCGUCAUAUUAUGUCGGCGGGUCUGGCCGAUAUGCUCUCCGCCUCAGAAAUUAUCACCCAGGACUCUGAAAAGUAUGUAGAGCGUCUGCUAGAACUGUUUAACAAGUUCAGCGAUCUGGUGCGCAAUGCCUUCAAUGAUGAUCCGCGCUUCCUUACCGCCCGGGAUAUUGCCUUCAAGACGGUGGUCAACGAUACCAGUGUGUUCAAAAUGGAGCUGCCCACAAGCAUGGCCAAUCGUGGGGUGAAAUACACGGCCCCGGAAAGCAAAUGCCCCGAGCUUCUGGCCAACUAUUGUGACAUGUUACUGCGUCGAACCCCGUUGAGCAAACGUCUGACCAGCGAGCAGAUCGAUGCCCGUCUCAGGGAUGUUCUGCUCGUUCUCAAGUAUGUCAACAACAAGGAUGUGUUCAUGCGCUAUCACAAAGUGCACUUAACGCGGCGGCUGAUUUUGGGUACCAGCGCCGACAGCGAAAAAGAGGAAGAUAUUGUGGAAUGGCUACGCGAAGUGGGAAUGCCGGCAGACUAUGUCAAUCGUUUGGCUCGCAUGUUCCAGGACAUUAAAGUUAGCGAGGAUCUGAAUACUCAAUUCCGCAAUUCGAUUAGUCGACACGAUGCCAUCAAUAUCAAAAUACUCAAUGCUGGGGCCUGGGCCCGCUGCUCGGAACGUGUCUCAGUUUCGCUACCGAUCGAACUGGAAGACUAUAUACCAGAUGUUGAGGACUUCUAUAAAAAGAAGCAUUCGGGUAGAAAAUUGCAGUGGUAUCAUCAUAUGAGCAAUGGCACCAUCACAUUUGUCAAUAACUUUGGUCGCUACGAUCUGGAUGUGACCACCUUUCAAAUGGCCGUCCUUUUUGCCUGGAACCAGCGGCAAGACGAUAAGAUUUCUUAUGAGAAUUUGCGCUUAGCCACUGAAUUGCCGGAUCCCGAACUGAGACGUACUUUGUGGUCGUUGGUGGCCUUUCCGAAAAUUAAAAAGCAAAUUUUGCUCAUGGAGCCGGCAGCCAUUAAUUCUCCAAAAGAUUUUGCCGAAAACACAAUGUUUUAUAUCAAUCAGGAGUUUGCCAUUGUUAAAAAUGGCAAAUCACAGCGCCGCGGCAAGCUCAAUCUGAUAGGUCGUCUUCAGCUAAGCACCGAGCGCUCACAACAGGAGGAUAAUCAGUCAAUAGUACAGCUACGCAUCCUACGCACGCAGGAGGCCAUCAUCAAGAUCAUGAAAGUGCGCAAACGAAUGAACAAUGCCGCCUUGCAGGGCGAACUAAUUGAUAUACUAAAGAACAUGUUCCUGCCGUCCAAAAAGAUGAUUAAGGAACAAUUGGAAUGGCUCAUCGAGCACAAGUAUAUGAGGCGAGAUGAUGAUGAUAUUAAUAUGUUUAUCUAUGUGGCCUAAUUGGCUUUGGGCAUGAAAGCUAGUCGUAUGACAUUCCUUUUUUACCCCCCCGGCUCGACCCUUUCCACAGCGAAUUCUCUCUAUGUUCCCUCUCGCGUGCAUUCCCCUAGAACCACCACAUGGCCACAAGCAAUUUAUAAAUCUCACUAUUGACGACAUGCUCUAAGCAAUCACGUCGAAUUAUCUCACUGGAUUUUGGAUCUAACGAAAAAUUUUUUAUUGCGUCCUUUACAGCAUUUCGAAAUACACAAAAAAAAAAAAAACAGAUACACACACACACACAUUUAUAAGGAACAACAACAACAAAUAAUUCACUUUGCUUAUAUUAUGUGUGGGAAAAAAGAAAAGGAAAACUUUGUAUUUUUGUAUUUAUUGCCUAUUGGCUAAUCGGCAUAGUUUUAGGUAUUAUGUUAUUUAUUAUUUUGUAAUAUGUGGUGCCGCCCUUCACCCCAGCCCUCCCAAAAAAAAAAAUUAUAACCAAUCUCCACAAAUAGUAACCAAUAGAUCUAAUGUAAAAUUUCUUGCUGUUUUCCCCCCAAUAUAUAGUUUUCGUUGUAUGUUUUCCUUAUGUUAACAAAAAAGAAAAAAUAUUUUGUAAAGUUUCAUGUGAGAUAACUACUCAGAUAGUGCUAGAAAUCUGGGCACACAGGGAUUGUAAAACCUCGUGGAUGUUGAACUACCUUGAACAUACACACACACACACAUAUAUACAUACAAAAUGAUGGCAAAACUAAAACUAGAUUAGCAAUACUUUAUUAUGUUUAAGUUAAUAAAUAAACUUGGUUCUACAAAAGACAAAA